AUGUCUUGUUUGAAUGGUGACCCUCCUGCGACGGAGCGGUUUCCCAAAGAUGCCAUAUUCACUCGGCUGAAGCGCCUCUGCAAGGAGAGAACAGAUGUUCUAUUUCAUGAUGACUAUGGUAUUGAUGCUAAUUACAGCCAUCUGAUCGGCGACAUCAUGCAUUUGCGCCGCAAACUACGCGAGAAACUUCCAUCAUCUUCGUUCAAUAGUCAUGGCUCGCUUCGAGGGGACGCCGCAUCUAUUGCAUUCCUGGGUCAUAGUGGAUACCAUUUUAUUGUGAGCUUCUUCGCAAUCAUUGCUUUGGGUGGGAUAUGCGUGCCGUUGGCGACCGGGCUCACCGAUAAAGAGGCACUGUACAUUUUGAACAAGACCAAGGCAGUUUGCAUCCUGACAGGGCCAAGUACUCUUGACGUUGCCACCAGGAUAAAGCAGUUUUCUCAAAGUCAAGUCAGUCAGGCAUUGGAGUUGGUCACCAUAACAAGAGCGGACCACGAAUCAAGCAAGUCUCAUCAUCACGCAUUUGAAAUUGAUGGAGACUUGACAUUCUCGCCUACUACCGGCUGCCUCGUUCUCUUUACUUCCGGCACAACCGGACCACCAAAAGGCGUACUUCUCCCUCGCAAGAUGUUCCAUUGCACGGCAGACCUUGCAUCCAAACCAGUUAUCUACCUUGCCUCCUGUCCGGUGCAAUGGGUAGGAGGUACUGGUCUUAUAGACAGCGUUCUUAAUGCAGAACAUUUGCAUAUCAUGAGAAAUGAUUGCGGACCUGGAGAGUUUUGGGAAAUCCUUAAGGAGGGAAAAGUCACAGAAAUGAGUGUUUCUCCGACACUAUUAAGGGGGUUAAUGAAGUACUACAAUGAGAACAUUCGUGGUCUGCCCGAUGAAGACCGCGACAGAUACCUUCAUGGGGCCAAAAACCUCGAGGUUGUGUACACAAGUGGCUCGGUGUUGAGUCGCUUCACUCGAAAGUUCUUUACAGAUUUGAUGAACAUGCCAUUGAGAAAUGGGUAUGGAAUUACUGAGAUGGGUGGAGGGGUGAUAGUCACUCCAGAUGGGUCCGACUAUAAGGAGGGGUACAUCGGUAAACCACUUCCAGGAAUAGAAGUGAGGCUAUCCGAAGGCAACCAUGGAGAAAUUCUGGUUAAGAGCCCUCAUAGGUUCAUCGGUUACGUGGGCGACGAAAAAGCCACGCGCGCUGCAUUUGAUGACGAAGGCUUUUAUAAAACAGGAGAUCAAGCUCAUCGUGUUGGUGAUGACUUCUACUUUGAUGGCCGCCUUUCACAGGACUGGAUCCGGUUUCAUGAGUACACGAUAUCGGUACUAGAGCUAGAACAGUCGCUGAUGGACCUUCCGUAUGUUUUUGAAGCCCAUGUCCUUCCGGUCCCGGAGCAUGAAGCCGGCGGAAUAGUUGCCGCUCUCGUCCGCCUGGACAAACAUGCUGGUCAAGGAGCAAAACAUGAUGUUACUCUUGCGACCAUACGUGAGGAUCUAGCUGGUGCAGGGCUGGUUUCGUACAAGUUGCCCGCGCUCCUGCGGCUGCUCCGUGAAGAGGAUCAAGUCCCUUUCACGGCUUCCGGAAAAGCAGUCAAGAAGGAAUGUUUGCGAAAAUAUUUCAACAUCACAGGCUACCUACAGGAUCAAUAUGCUGUUGAUGGUGUAGAAUAUUGGGGAAACAAAUUGGAUUUAGGAGCUUCAUCGCGCCUUUUCGAUUGGGGCGGCCUUUAA